UGAGCUCCUUCAGAAGGGAGCAUGGGGGCCGAGGAAGAAACCGCCCCAUACCAUGGUGCACAGGCUCCUGAGCUGGGGGCUGCCAGGCCCCUGCAGCCGCUUCCUUGGACGCCGGCCCGGCGAGUUUCCCGUCACCGCCUUCCUGCUGGGGGCAGGCACUGGGGGACUCCUGGCCAUAGGUCUCUUCGAGCUCUUGGUGAACCCCGUGAACAUAUAUGAAGAGGAGAAGAUGGUGAUGCUGUACGGCUUGGUGGGCCUGGGAGCCGUGGGCUGGGGGACCUCCCCCCACGUCCGCUGUGCCAGUCUCCUGCUAGUACCUAAGAUGCUGGGCAGAGAGGGCAGGCUUUUUGUCCUGGGGUACGCCCUGGCUGCCAUCUACGAGGGGCCAGCGGCCAAUCUGCGGCACAACCUCAACGAAGUGAUAGCGUCGCUGGGCUGCACCGUGGAGCUGCAGAUCAACAACACGCGCUCCGCCUGGCGCGUCUCCACUGCCCCCCUGCGGGCCGUGUUCAAGGACCUGCUGAGCAGUAAAAACGCACUGAAAGCGGAGGCUCACAACAUCUCCAGCUCCUUCGAGGAGCUGGACGCCCAGGUGACCAGUGAGGCCGGCUACACCGCCGAGGAUACUGCGGGCUCCGAGGACAUGGCCCUAGGCGUGGGGGCCCGCGCAGCCCUGGGCUCCAGACUCCGCCUCUCCACCCAGAAGAUGUAUGAGCUGAAGACGAAGCUGCGCUGCUCCCACGUAGUGAACAAGGCCAUAGUGAGCUGCCGGCGCUGGUUUGCCCAGAAGCACCAACAGUGCAUGCUGCGCAUCCAGGUCCCGCUCCUCAACCACCUGCUCUGCCUGCCUAUGAAGUUCAAGUUCUUCUGCAGCAUCGCCAAGGUGAUGGAGGUGUGGUGCCGCCAUCGCAUCCCAGUGGAAGGCAACUUCGGGCAGACCUACGACUCCCUCAACCAGUCUAUUCGUGGGCUGGAUGGGGAAUUCUCGGCUCACAUUGACAUCAAGGAAGAGAGGCAGAGCGCGGUACUGGGCCUCAACACCAGCUGGGAACACGUGAGCACCGAGGUGCGGGACUACGUGGAGCGCCAGGAGGCCCAGCUGGAGUGGGCCCUGGGGCUGCUGCACACGCUGUUCUCCUGCGCCUUCCUGCUGGUCUUGCACUCCUCCUUCUCCUACACGGACAGUUACAACCAGGACAUCCGCUUUGACAACAUCUACAUCAGCACCUACUUCCGCCAGAUUGACGAACGCAGGAAGAAGCUGGGCAAGCGGACUCUGCUGCCGCUCCGCAAGGCCGAGGAGAAAACCGUCAUCUUCCCCUGCAAGCCCAGCGUCCAGAGUUCUGAGAUGAGAAACGUGGUGAGGGAGCUCCUGGAGACGCUGCCCGUCCUGCUGCUGCUGCUGCUGCUCUUUGGGCUGGACUGGGCCCUCUACUCCAUCUUCGACACCAUCCGCCAGCACUCCUUCCUGCAGUACUCCUUCCGCAGCAGUCACAAACUGGAGGUGAAGGUCGGGGGAGACUCCAUGCUGGCCCGGCUGCUUCGGAAAACCAUUGGGGCCCUGAACACCUCUUCGGAGAUGGCGGUGGAAUCAAACAACAUGCCCUGCCUGCCGCAGCCCGUGUGCCUGGACGCCAGGGCCUACUGGAGAGCCACACUCCCCACUGGCCUGCUGGCCUGCCUCUGCCUAGCCCAGGCCUUCGCCUACCGGCUGCGAAGGGUCAUCGCCGCCUUCUACUUCCCCAAGCGAGAGAAGAAACGGGUGCUGUUCUUCUACAAUGAGCUAUUGAGGAAGAGAGCAGCCUUCACCAAGCUAAGGCGGGCUGCCAUCAUGAGGCGGGCACAGCAGCAGAGGGCUCCGCGCCACCACCUCGUGGACCUGCUGCACCGCCGCUGCCCGCCGCUGCGCCGCUGGCUGCGCCGGCGCUGCGUGGUGUGCCAGGCGCCCGAGACGCCCGAGUCCUACGUGUGCCCGACGCCGGCUUGCGAGGCUGUGUACUGCCGGCCGUGCUGGGACGACAUGCGGCAGUGCUGCCCGGCCUGCACACCCCCCGAGGAGCUCUCCUCCUCCGCCUACAGCGACAGCAACGACGACACCGCCUACGCGGAGUGA